UAUCGGCCAACAGAUGGAGGGAGUUUAAUCGUAUUCUCACCUUUUUUGACAUUUUGUUUAAAGUGUCAAAUCGAAUUCACCGCAAGUCAUUUCUGUAGCGAGACGUCACUUGAAGAUCUACUUUCAUCGCAAUGGGUAAAGAAUUCGGUCAUUUGGCCAAAGUUUAUGGCAUUGUCACCUACAAACUAUCACCGUUCGAACAACGGGCGUUCGCUGGUGCCAUCAGCAAAGGAGUGCCCAAUAUGUUCCGACGAUUCCGUUCGAAUGUUUUCACCGUUGCUCCUCCAUUCAUUAUUGGAUACUUGGUGUACGAUUAUGUCGAAUCACUUCACACAAAGUUAACCCGUAAGAAUCCAGCCGAUUUUGCCGAUGAUGUUUAAACUGAUAGAUCAAAGCAAAUGAGAGGGCCGUGUAGAUGUGAAUAAUAAAGCAAAAUAAAUUAAUUAACUGAA